GAAAAUGAGAGAAAUAUGGUGUCAUUCUUCUUCCACAGAACAACUUAGCACAGUCACUGAACAACUGUGCCCUAAUUCUUCCAGCUUAAAAUAAUGGCGCUCUUCAGAGCUCGAUUGGCUUCGUCCUCGAUUUGUCAAUUCCUCGCUCGUUCUUUCUCCAAUGCGGCUCCGGCGUCUUCGACGCUCUCAUCGUCGGGGAUGAUGAACCCGACGUUCACUCUCGAUGUCAGCUCCCAAGUAGGGUCGUCCAUGCCGCUGAAGAUGAUGCGGAUUGGAACCCUAAUUCACAACCUGGAGAUGCGGCCCGGUCAAGGCCCCAAACUAGUCCGGGGAUGGGGCACCGUAGCUAAGAUCAUGACCGAGCCAAGCUCUUCGUCCAGGUACUGCGAGAUCAAGCUCCCCUCCGGCGUGAAGAAGUUGAUCGAUGUUCGGUGUUGGGCCACUAUCGGACAGGCGCCGUACUCUGAGCACGGUUCGAAGAAGCUGUAUAAGGCUGGGCAGAAUCGGUGGCGCGGGAUUAGGCCAAAAGUUCGUGGUGUGGCGAUGAACCCUGUUGAUCAUCCGCACGGUGGUGGGGAAGGGAAGAGCAAGAGUAGUGGUAGCCAUGGGAAGGGUUCUCGUACCCCAUGGGGUAAGCCCACCAAGUGUGGCUACAAAACUGGACCACUUAAGAGGAAGAAGUGAUUCUUGUUUCUACUGAAUUAUAGAAACGGAUAUUAAUAUAUUGUAACUUAGCAUAAAACUGAGAGUUUGAUGUGGUUAUCUAUUGAAAUUUCUGGUUCUUUCUUGAUUGCUACUGUAUUAUUAGGUUUAUUGUGUUUGAAAACUACUGCCUUUUUUAGUUCUUUUGGUUCUAAGUUUUGUACAUGUUCAUAAAUGCAACAUUUACAGAUACAUGAUAUGAUUAAACUUUCAUGUAAUUGUUAGGCAGACAAGUUAUUGGUUAAUAUGUUGAUCUUUCAUUUAAA